UGUCCUGGAGCGCGCCAUUGCCUAAACUGGGCUGUUGGAUUUCCGUUGCCAUCGCCACUGGACGGCUCACUGGACGAAGGUGACUAAACGCAUUGGGCUUUUAACAUGGGGGCGGCGGAAUCUGCGCAGCGGGACGGCAAGCCCGAGGACGAUGCGAAAGUCCAGGAACAUAAUGUGGAGGUGAACGCGGAGCAGGCAGAGCAAAAUCUCGAAGUGAAGUUACUACAGAAGAAUGGACAGAUAUCCCGCUUGAAUGGAGCCCCAGAGGACCAAGCUGAGGAGUUAAAUGGUCUUUGUGAGGAGAAGGACCUGGCAGAGGUUGCCUCAGACCUGAAAGCAGACAGUCCAUCUGUAAUCCAAGACGUCGAACCUGCAGUGAUCAACGUAAAUGAAGAACAAGGGUGUAUGCUUUCUGAAGAUGCUCCAUCAACAGAAGAAAACAAGGCAGAGGAAAACACAACUGUGACUGAAGAAGAAGAAGUCGGCUUCAAGAAAAUAAUCAAAUUCUUUGAAUUAAAAUUCACAGUCACUAAGGAUAAGGCAGAAGAAAACAAGCCAGAUCAAUCAAAAGAUGAGAAUGAGAGGGAGGCAUUAGUGAAAUCUGAUGACUCCAAAGACACUAGCACCAUCACCACAGAGCAAGAUGCAGAGGGGAAGUCUGAGGAAGAACCUGUUUGUGUUGAUUUGACUGCUGAUUCUGCUGCUGUUGAACCAUUACAAGCUGAUGAAGCAACAGUACAACAGGCCACAGACGCAUCAUCUCUCAAUGAAGAGGUGACACCUGCAGAAGGUGUUUCUGAGUCACAGGAAGAAACCAGCCCAGAGGAGGGGGAGGAGGAUUUGUCUCCAAUUAAAAAAUUCUUCACCACUGGGAUUUUUUCCACUUUGAAGAAAAAGAAGAAAGAGGAACCAUCAAAAGACGAGGCUGCUGGCGAAGAGCUCCAAACAAUUGAUAAAGAGGAGGUCGUAAAAGCUGUGGAACAAGAAGCAGCAGAGCCUGCCCAGGAAAGCAAAGUGGAAGAUGCCCCUGCUGAAACAAGUGAGGCUGAACUGUUAGGGUCUCAAGAGAAACCAAAGGUUGAAAGUAGUCCUCUCAAGAGACUUUUCUCAAGGCUCUCUUCAAGAAAACUAAAAAUACCAGAGCCAACUGAGAAUGCUGCCGAAGAACAGGUCAAAACAGACACAGACACUUCAAAAAAAGAGGGAACCUCCAUCUCCCCUCCAGAGGACAAAAGCAAGGAUGAGUCUAAACAUGAGUCUGAUGGUGAAGGAGGUUCAGAUGGGGAAAGGAAAAGGCCGUGGAGUUCCUUCAGAAAACUUGUCACCCCUAAAAGGCAACGGACUAAGCGUCUAUCUGAGAGUGAAGAUGAAGCAACAGAAAAGCCCUCUGCAGAUACCCCAGCCCCUGAAGCUCAAGAGGAGGUUAAACCGAGUGAAGAGCAUGAGCAAAUUGAACCUUGUCCGGAGGAGCCCAAAAAGAAGUCUGAUUUGUCUGUUUCCUGGGAGGCCCUGAUAUGUGGAGGAUCUACAAAGAAAAGGAGCAGAAAAGGUUCAAACUCAGAGGAUGAAGUUGCAGUUGAGAAGGACAGCAGGCCUGAGGAUGACCAAGGAAAGACUGCAGAAUCUCCACUGGGAAGUUCUCUGGAAGGAGAUGAUGAGCAUGUAUCUUCCUCUCUAGAACAGUCCGGUAGUCCCGCUGAAGGUGAUGGGGGAUCGACAUGGAAGUCCCUCAAGAAACUUGUAACCCCAAAGAGGAAAUUAAGAGUAGGAGAAUCAGGUGAGCAAAUCCCCUCUGAUGGUGAAACCACAAAAGAUGAAACUUCAUUUUCAGUCAAGAAACUAAUCUCAGGACGCAAGAAGCGAAGGUCUGAUGGAAGACAGGAACAGACAUCAUCUGAUGAGGCUGGUAAAGAUGCUGGAUCAGAAGAUGAAGAUGAUGAAACACCAUCAGUGGUGCCUUUGUCUGAAUUUGAUGUGAUUGAACCAAGCAUGGUGCAUACAAUACCAAAAGAUGAGGAGCCCACAGACAUUACCCAGGAAACUGAAGAGAAACUGCCCCCACCUCACCAUGACAUUGGCCCUCCAAUUGUGGCAACUGUUCCGAAAGAUUUUGAGGACCUGACAGACUACAUAACCAAGCAUCAGCAGCUCAGUGACAUACCAGAGGAGAGCAUUGUAACACCUAUUGGUGAGGAGGCUUUUCAAGAUGACACAAUUGCAGAGGACAUUGCAGAGUGGACAUCUGAAGCAUUCACAGUUGCUGAGCCACCGACUGAAGUUUCCUUUGUGACAGCAGUCUCUCACCUGUCAGAGUCUCCAAAAUCCUCAGGUGCCUCAACACCAGUCGCCUCAGAGGGGGAUAUUAAGGACACAGACAUUGUCUUGCAGGAAGCUGUGGAAACUGUCAGCAUAAUUUCAAGUAACUUAUCAGUAACAGAUAAUGAGAAGAUACAGGAAGUGGCAGCUAUGUCUCUUACACCACAGUUGUUAGGAACAUCUGUUAGUGAAGAGACAAAGGUUUUCAUUGCACACAAGAAAUUUGAGGCAACCAACAUUUGCAUAGGUCUUUCAACUGAAGACAUAGGUGUUACUGAGGAAAUGCCUCUCAUGACAGUGGUAGAGGCACCAUCUGAGGUUAGUGAAGCUGUAUCUACUGAAUGUGUCGCUGGAGAGGAUUUGGCCGAGGAACCUGAAGCAGCAGGAAUUACAGAGGAUGUAUUACAUGAAGCUGAGGUGAAAGAAAUAAGGACUGAUUUCCAUGAAGAGGACCACAGGGAAGAAGAAGCUGAAGCAGGUCAAGCCAUUGAUGUGGAAAAAGAAGAUGGUGAGGAAAUGGGUGAGAUGCCAUAUGUGAUUCAGACGGAGAAUCAGCAGGAGACAGAGUUAGUCAAUGGCCUUGAAGAGCUUGUACCAAUCCAUGUCGCCAUUACCAGUGCAGUGCAGGGAGAAGUCCAGUAUCUGGAAGGGCAGGUUAUUGCUGAAGACACACCAAGGCCUGCAAUGGAAGGCCCCAUGGACUCAGCAGUAGAGGAGGCUGUAUGUGUAGAGCCAGUUAUCCUAGCUGAAAUGACUAUUCAAGGAGAGAAAGAGCAAGAGAUCUCAGCUAUUGAGACAACAGGUGCUGAUAUUCUUCAUGACACUCUUGCUGAACUGGUUGAAAGUGAAAUGCAAGAAGUUGUCUCUUCAACAUUAGGCAUUUCAACAGAUGAAAGCUCAGGGAUGCCUGAAGCUCUAAUCCCACUUGUGGCACCAGCAGUGCAAUCUACAGAGUUCCAAGAGGCUGUUGAUGUUGUUGAGCCAGUGCUAGAUACAGUUACUUCUGUGGUGCUAGAGUCAGUCACUGAAGAAGUUGUAAUGGAAAAUGUACAUGCAGUAUGUUUUGCAGAUGAUCAUGAAAUCCAAGUUAAAGUAGAAGAUACAGAAUUGCAGUCAUCAGAACCUGUUGAAGAGUCAACAUUGGAAGUAGCAUCAUCAGAUGAGGUUGCUAUUGUGGAGGAAGCUACCAAACUGGAAGUGGCUGAAAAAGAAGAAGCAGAAUCAGCUGAAGAGGUAGCCCCCCUGACUGCUCCAGAUAUCAUUCAGCAUGUGGAGGUCGAAGACCUAUCUGCUAUUGGAGAUGAGUCAAUGUCUCCAGAGGACAUUCCGUUACCAUUUGAAAAGGCACCAGAGGAUGCUAUUGUAGAAGAAAAGCCAGCUACUCAAGGAGAUGAGAUGACAGAGACAGAAGCAGACCUGCCAAUUCCAGACUCCACAAUUCCCAAAGCCAUAGUAGAAUCAGUGGAAAAGGAAGAAAAAGCUACCUCCGAAUUUGCAGAAGCAGAGGCCACUGAGGCAGAAAACCAAGCAGUUAAAGAAGUGGUGGAAACACAGGAAACUGCUCCAUCAAAACCAGCUGAACCAGCAGCUUCUGAGUCUGUUGCUGAAGAAGCACUUUUAACUGCUGUGGAAGUACAAACAUCAUCUUUAAUUGAACCAGAGUUGGACACACCUGUCGCUGCACUGCAAACAGAGACAUCAGAAGUAACAGCUCAGGAAGUAGAAGCACCUGUUAUCACUGAACCAGAGGUGGAGAUAACAUCUGUAACAUCUCCAGAAGAAGCCAUAACUGAAACUGCACAGGAAACUCAGGCACCCACACUGGCAGCAGAGCUGGUAGUUGGAACAACAGCAGUGACAGAGCUAGAGGCAGAAACUCCAGUGGAACCUGCCCCAGAAGUAGAAACACCUGUGGUGACAACCCUGGAGGUUGAAACAUCAGUGGUAUCUGAGCCAGAAUUGGAAAUACCUGUAUUGCAAGAAAUGGCAAAGGAGAUGCCAGUGCUAUCUGCGGUGGAAAUUGAGGCACCAGUGCAAUCAGCAAUAGAGAUUGAAACAAAUGUAAAUACAAAAAUGGAGGAAGUAACAGAAACUGUCGCAGCCAUGGAAGUUGAGAUGUCAAUUGAAAAUGAGCUGGCCAUAGAGACAAUUCAGCAGACUGCACUGGAGAAAGAAACAGCAAUACCUGAUGCCCCAGAAGAAGAAAUUGCAGUUGCAGCCAUUCCAGAUGUAGAAACAGCAGUUGUAGAAACAUCAGUAGCGCCUAAGCUGGAAGAAACAACAGAGGUUGUAUCAACACCAGAAGAAGUUGCUGUUGUUGCUGUUCCAGAAGUACAGACAGGACAGACUAUGGCUGCCCCAGAGGUAAGCACAGAGGUUGUUGUUACACCUGAAGUAAUUGCAGAAGUUGCUGGUGUACCAGUGGCAAGUGCAGAGAUGGCUGCUGCUCCAGAAGUAAGCACAGAAGUUUCUGCAUCCCCUGAGGUAACCAUACAUGUUGCUGCUGCCCCAGAGGAAAGGGCAGAAGUCACAGCUUCCCCAUUGGUAAUCACAGAUGUUACUCCUGCCCAGGCUGUCAUCACCGAAGUUACUCCUGCGCCUGUUAUAAUGACAAGCAUUACUCCUGCCCCAGAGGAAAUGGCAGAAGUCACAGCUUCCCCAUUGGUAAUCACAGAUAUUACUCCUGCCCAGGCUGUCAUCACCGAAGUUACUCCUGCGCCUGUUAUAAUGACAAGCAUUACUCCUGCCCCAGAGGAAAUGGCAGAAGUCACAGCUUCCCCAUUGGUAAUCACAGAUAUUACUCCUGCCCAGGCUGUCAUCACCGAAGUUACUCCUGCGCCUGUUAUAAUGACAAGCAUUACUCCUGCCCCAGUAGCAAGCACAGUGGCUGCAGUUGCCCCAGUUGUUAGCACAGAGGUUACUGCUGCCCCUGCUGUAAUCCCAGCGGUUGCUUCAGAGGUACAGGCAGCUGUUGUACUUGUGCCAGAACUUCAGACAGCUGUUAUAGCUGCCCCAGAAGUGAGAGCAGUGGUUGCAAAUGCUCUUGUGGUAGAAACACCAAGUGUGGUUGUGCCCGAAGUAGAGGUAAAUCCAGCUGUUAUUGUUUCUUCAUUACAGUCAGAAGUUGUUGCUCCCCCAAAAGUGGACACAGCAGUUGUAACAACUCCAGAAGUACGGGCCAUGGCAGUUGUGGAGACAGAAAAACCUAUAGUGGAGGCAAAAACCCCUACUCCAAUUGCUCCAAUUGCUCCAGUCUCUCCAGUGAACGUAACAGUGACUGUGACUGUGACAUCUACAAUAGCUAAAGAGUCCCAUAACCCAGAGCCCCCUAAAGUGGACAUCCCUGUUGCCCCUGCCCCUGUUGUAAUUAGCCCUGUUGCCCCUGUUAUAACUGCCCCUGUUGCCCCUGUUAUAGCUGCCCCUGUUGCUCCUGCCCCUGUUGCCCCUGCCCCUGUUGAGACUGCCCCUCCUGCCACAACAGCAGAGAAGCCAGCUGUCAUGGGCCAAAUCCCACAGCAAGUGACUAUUCCAAAGACAAAGGCAGUUCACACACCAGAAACAGAGGAUGAUGUGUGGGAGGAUGCAGUGGAUGACAUGAUCCCUAAGAUAGAAGUGGCAUACGCUAUUGCCACACCUUCAAUUGUGACCGUUGAAUGUGUUCAAGAGCAAGCAGAAGAUACCAGUGGUAAGGAAGCUGAAUUCAGUGACCCAAUUCAGUCCAAAGAGGAGGGAAGUGUGACAGCGGACGUCCGACCCCAGGAAGACUCAGCUGGCCUUAAGGCCGAAGAAGGACCGGCGGCUGAGCUGCAAACCUCAUCCGAGUUUGAAUUCCAAGAUGCUGCUGAGAAUUCAGAUUCCACCCUCAAUGGAACUUAAAAAGCAGUUGUUUCAAUGCAGCCAAGCUGGUUCAAUGCAGGAAAAGGAAGGUGAAUCGCCCAAUGUUCUUCAGAGGACCAUCAGAUGAACUGCCUGGCUGAAUUUCGCAAGAUAGACCAAGGACUCCAUCUUAACACCCUGGCACAGAGUUCAUCUCAGCUCAGAGGACAAUAUUCUGAAAGCAGCUAUUGUGCAGAUAUGCCAUUUUGGUUUUGCCAAUGUGAUUAUCUAACUGCACUAUCAGCAGUGCACAUGACUACGAUGAAGAGUUUUCACUGUUUGGUUAUCGUAUCAAUUUCUGUUGACUUCAAAUUUAAUUAGAAAGUCAUUUUUACUCUACCGAGGAGAAUGAUUGUUUCUUUUAAUUCAGAAAUGCUUUAAUCAGGAAUUUGUGUCAAGUAUAUAUAUAUUUUGUCCUCACGCUAAUGAGGAUUAAUUAUGUAUGUCAUUCAGCAACCCAACAGGGUAGUCUGUUUCUAACCAAAGUUCAUAAUAACAAGCAUUCUGUUGUUUAAUUGGUAAUUUCAUUUAAGAGUCCUUACUUCAAAUAUAGAAUGCAUUCAUUUAGUUUGUAUUAUUUUACAACAUAAUGUAAUGUGAACAAAUUCUACAUUAAUAAUGAUUGUUUUUUCUGUUGCGUAAUAAUUCAUAACAGUUAUUUGACCACUGCUUUUGAAACACUGAUGACAUUUGAAUGAGAUAAAUACAAAAGAUGUAUUUGGCUGAACUAAAUUGGCAAGUGUAAAAAUUUACUUCACAUUUUUGUGAGAUCAUAUCUCACAUCUGACUUUCUCUGAACCGUAUCUCAUACUUAUAGGUAAAAAUGAGGAAGGGGAGCAGCGAUAUGUAAUAUCUGUUGACUCCUUAUUCAAAGACACUCUGUGUCUGUGUAUGUGGGUGCAUAAAAGAGGUUAUAUCUGUCAGAAAUGGCAGGUUUAUCAGGGGAGUAUGGCCAAGGAUUGAUUGAUUUUUUUCUCCUUGAUCAUUUUGUAUCUCAUCUAAAUUGUAUCCAUCAUAUGGUAUUUGUACAAAUUGUAUACCUAAGCAUCCUAAAUGACACAUUAACAAAUAACUAAAUAUUA